CAUGUAGACGUCCAAUCCAUUUAGAAUGGAAGGGUCCCACUCUCUUUAAAUGGAUAGGACGUAUACUUCUCAUUGAAAUUCCCCGCGGACGGACGAAAAGGGCCAAAUCAUUGGACGCGGAUUGCCGUCAAUGACAGCAAAGAGUUUAUAAGUGUCAUACAAUUUGUACAAUCAUUUUACUGUACAAAAUAUUUUCUAUUUGAAAGUGUUUUUCCUGUCUUUUUUUUUUUUUUGGAACGACUUGACAAUUUGUUGCUGAACAGUGUCUCCUGGCGGCCCAAAUUGCCAACUCCAGUUGUCAAAUGACCAUUUUGGGUCAGUUUACUGAAGCAGCUUUCGCGUUUGUUUCCGGCGCGUGCAACUCUUUUAUUUGACGGCAACGGAACCGGGUCGACAAGGUCGUAGGGCCGUCCCAGCCCUCCUCAGAGCGGAGGCGGCUCCUCACCGAGCCCGAACUUUGCGCACGCGCGUCAAGAGCGCACGUCCAGACGCGCGCAAAAAGUCGCACAAGCAAGAAGCGAGCGAGCGAGCAAAGCAUGCUGGCUCGGAAAAGCAUCAUCCCGGAGGAGUUCGGCCUGCCGGGGCUGGCGUCCCGCUUGCCCCGCAAGCCGGUGUUCCGCGACCGCGUCAACAAGGCGCGCUUCAUCGCCAAGAACGGCUCGUGCAACUUGGCCCACAAGAACAUCCGCGAGCAGGGCCGCUUCCUGCAGGACGUCUUCACCACGCUAGUGGACCUCAAGUGGCGAUUCACGCUGGUCAUCUUCACCACCACUUUCGUCAGCAGCUGGCUGCUUUUCGCCAUGAGUUGGUGGCUAGUGGCCUUUGCGCACGGAGACCUGGACCCUCGGCGCCUCAGCGGCGUGCACUGCGUCACCGACGUCAAGUCGUUCACGUCGGCCUUCCUCUUUUCCAUCGAGGUGCAGGUGACCAUCGGUUUUGGCGGCCGCAUGAUCACCGAGCAGUGUCCCGCCGCCAUCACCGUGCUCAUCCUGCAGAACAUCGUGGGACUCAUCAUCAAUGCCGUCAUGCUGGGUUGCAUCUUCAUGAAAACGGCGCAAUCGAACCGUCGCGCCGAGACGCUCAUCUUCAGCCGCCACGCCGUCAUCGCCGUGCGCAACAACCGUCUGUGUUUCAUGAUCCGCAUCGGAGAUCUGAGGAAGAGCAUGAUCAUCGGCGCCACCGUACGGCUACAGGUGGUGAGGAAGACCACCACCCCUGAGGGCGAGGUGAUCCCGAUCCACCAGAUCGACGUCCAGACAGAGAGCGCCGUGGCCAGCAACAGUCUCUUCCUGCUCGCCCCGCUCAUCAUCUGCCAUGUCAUCGACAAGAACAGCCCGCUAUACGAACUGUCGGCCAUGGAGCUGCAGUGCAGCGACCUGGAGGUGAUCGUGAUCCUGGAAGGCGUGGUGGAGACCACCGGCAUCACCACGCAGGCGCGCACCUCCUACGUCUCCGAAGAGAUCCAGUGGGGACACCGAUUCGUCCCCAUCGUCACCGAGGAAGAAGGCGUCUACUCCGUCGACUACUCCAAGUUUGGGAACACGCUGCGGGUGGCCACGCCCCGCUGCAGCGCCCGCGAGCUGGACGAGAAACCGUCCAUCCUGAUCCAGACGCUGCAGAAGAGCGAGCUGUCCCAUCAGAACUCACUGAGGAAGAGGAACUCCAUGCGGCGCAACAACUCCAUGCGCAAAGGCGGAGGAAGCCUUCGACGAAACAACUCGGGUAUGCUCUCGCCCAAGGUCCAGUUCUUCACACCCGCCGAAGGGGGUCAGAGCGGAAACGCCGUCACCUGACAUCAGGCUGGCCAGCGCAUCCUGAUGUUUCUCUUCUUCGUCGUGGGCGGGGUCUUCUCCGCCCACAUUAGACUUCUUCUUCUUUGUUUCGUCCUCGCUUUUUUGCCGCCAACUCCGCGACCGCAAGACUGAGUUGAGGGAGCGGUUGCCGUGGUUACACUUUACUCAGCACUAAUAUGGAAAUAAAAUCAAUUUGCAUGAGUGUUGUUUUCCAGCCUUUUCUGUCACUUUUUUUGAAU